CUAAGAAAGGCAAGAAGAAGAAAAACAAGAUGAGCACGACCUCUGGACAGCAGCAAGGUGAACACGCUGAAGAUGGUCAGGAUGAGGAUAAUGACGACAUCGAUCCGCGGUUCCAAUUCUCUGCGCCAGAACCACCUCCUGGGAGUGCAGACCCAGAUAAGAUUGCUAGCAACGUUGGUCCACAGAUGCCCACCAAGGUGCAUAGGAGUAAUAGACAACUCGCCGACGACUUCUCGAAUCCUGUGUUGAACUAUUUCAAGAAGAUGGGUUGGCAAGGUGGUGGCCUGGGUAAGAACGAACAAGGCCGUGCCAAUCCUCUCCUUGGCGCUUACAACCGGAAGAAGAACCAGGCCAUUCAAGAAUUGGGUACUGGUGCAGAAGCCAAGCAAGAAGUAGAUGAUCGAGCGAAACCAGAUGCAAGGAGUGCUAAAGACAUCCUCUUAGGACGUGGUGCUGAUAAAGGUGGUGCGAAGUCUGGCCGCGAUGUCAUUCCAGGUUUAGGAGAGCACAUGUCGCGCAAAGAAAAAAUGCGAUCUGCGAAAAUUGACGACGAAGAUCUCUAUGGGUCCAAGAAAAACAGACGCGAACGUACGGAAUACUACGAAGACCAAGAAUCAGGGGACCUUGUGUCGAAGAGUUCGAUGCGCAUCGUGGACAUGACGAAGGCAGGUGGUCCACAACUCGUAGGCGGAAACUUGGCAGAUGCCAUGCUCGAAAAACGUGAUCGACCUCUAGAUGAAUUGCUCAGAAGUCUCACAAAACUCACCUUGAAAACAAACGAAGACGUCAUUCUUCUGCGCAAUCAAGUCCGUGAUUACCAAUCUAGUCUAGACGUCUUGCGUGGUGAAGAUGGUGGUCCUCUUUCAUCUGGUGUCGAGAGUGGAGGUAGUUCCUCUAGCGGUAGUCCUGUUAGGAAUAAUCGAGGAACAACAUCUGGUCGAGCCGCUAACAGGAAGAAACACCAGUCCUCUGAACUCGCAGAUGUGGAGACGAUGGAAACCCUUCUAGAUGACAUGGACGAACACUUUUCUAGUACAAAGAACACGUCCUCUAAGAACAACAAAAACCUCAGAUCGCAGUCAGCUUUUCUGGGUUCUCUCACCGCCAGUGGCGGCAAUGAGCAGGCAGAAGCGGAAAUUUUGAAGGUUUUGGAGUAUUUUGAACACGUCAAGAAAAAACAUGGAAAGCGGUUUUUUGCGAAAUUCGAAUUAGACUUGAUUUGUGCAGAACAUCUGCUGCCGCCAUUGCGCAAUCUGGUAAAUUUGUGGGACCCAAUCGACGAUCCAGAAGAACUCGAUCCGAUAUUGACGAGGAUUCGAGACUUGCUUAUUGGUACUAGCGGUACCACCGGAACUAGCAGUUGUUCGUCACUUGAUUCUUCGAAGCCCUACAUUCUUCUCAUGCAGCAAACCGUUUACCAACGCAUCAGAGCAGGCAUUGGUUCCGAAGACUUCCGUCCAGCAGAAAGCGCUGCUGGAUGCGGCGAAUGUCUGUUACUCCUUACUACUGCAGGAAAGUUUCUUCCCACUUUCUGUGUGACGAACUUGAACCGUUUGAACGUGUUGCCAAAAUUACGCGAUGCAGCGCACAAUUGGUCUCCAGCUACCAAUUUCGGACCCCAUUCCUGGCUCUUUGCCUUUAGAGAGUAUCUGACGUCAGAGGAUCUGCGAGAAGUGGGUAGUAUCUGCAAACAGCGUUUGGCUAGCUUUAUCAGUUCGUCUUGGCGACCUCUGGCUGGUGGUGAGGGAGAAGAUACGGAAGGGGAAGAUAGUUGUGAGGAAGAUGAUAGAAUGGCUGGAAGGAUGAAUGGAGGAAGACCUUCGCGAGCGAAGAAGAACACCAAGAACCGUCUGAAUUCCGCUCCCAAUGGUGCUAACGCUGCGUUGUUGGCUAUGGUUGCCCCUUUAAUUGCUGGCGGAACUGGAGUGUUGUCUGUGGAAGAGAGCGCAGACCUGGAACAAAGGAUUUGCGACAGGUUGAGACAAGUCUUGCAGCCAGACGAUUCCGAUGAAGUGCUGCACACAUUGGCUCCAUGGCUAAGGCACGUGUUUGCGAAAAGCAAUUCUCCGGCAUUUCAGGUCUUGUUCGACGACUUGUUCUUCUUACCUUUGAGACGCAAUCUGAAACGAUUACUUCUAGCGAGAUCGAAGGACAGCUUGCGGGAACGACGCGCAGUGCGCGCUGCAGUAGAAAGGUUUUAUCAUCGCGUACGACUGGCUGUGUUGGGCAAACCAUUUGCAGGUGUUGCAGGGAUGAAAAGUACUCUUCAUCAACAGUUGUUGAAAUCCGAAGGCAAGACUGUACUACCUCCAGCGGACGACACCUUCCAGCAAUUGGGAUACCUUUUGGAGGUAUUAGAGUGUCAUGUUGUGGACUUACGGAAUACAGGUGGCGCUAGUUUCUACGUCCUGGAAGCUGACGGUUUAGAAACCGGUCCAAGGCUAGACGCAACGACUUGGCGUCAAAGACAGGAGGAACUUGAGGGUGCAGCUAAUACUGUCAGAGGAAAAGGAGCUGCUGGUGCCGCGAAUGGAAGAGGAGUAAAUGACAACAAGAAUGGUCCUUCCGGAGCCCCUCCACGCAGCGAAAGAGAGAAAGCGCUCCAUCGUUAUGCUGAAAUGCUGAGAGACGAACAAAAACGCGCAAGGGAGCAACGGGAGUUCAGCAUGCACAUGGAAGAACCCGAUUUGACCAUAAAACAAGUCCUAGAAAACGCUGCUGCUGACCUAGGCGCUGAAAUGAGCAUCAAAAGUGGUUUCUUGUCGGCAACAGGAAAACAGUGGUAUUCGGUUUCUCUUGGUGGAAGUGUAACAGCAGGAGGUGCAGGAAACAACAACAGGGCGUCCAAGAAAACCACGCUUUUCAUCUAUUGGGAGAAUGACAUCCUUUUCUGUACCACGGAUCUUCAAGAUCGCAAGUCUAUACGGCCCAUAACAAUAGAAAAUCUGCUGACGAAGUUGCAGGAGCCACCUUCUAGUAGGAAAUAGAUCUAAGAACCCCAGUAUUUGAGUUCAUGUUUACCUUCACUGUUGUCGAUGUAUCGUUUUCCUUUACGACAACGACAACACCCCAUUAUGAAGAUUCUCCCAUGAUAAAGUCGAAGACCCUGGCUCUUCAGCGACUACUUACAGCAAACGCUCUCCUCGCGCUUCACCUAUGCGACUGCAAACGCGAACACGUUGACAUCAAAACUAAUGCUGACAUCCUGUCUAGUAAUGAUUACUAGUGCCUUUGUCACCACGAUGAACAUGAAAAAUACAUGGAAAUCUACUUCAUCACUGAAUUCAAAUGCAUCUCGAAGAAAGCAAUGGAGAAUCUGUAUCUGAUCUUCAAACUUUGAGAUGAAGUUCAGAGGAUUAUGCAGCG